GCGCCCAUGGACGGAAGUGAGGUGAGGCGCGAGCCGCAACCUUUGAGGGAAAAAGGAAGUGCUUGGGCGUCGCAGGGCCGGAGGCGCGGGGAUAGAAGGAGCACCAUGUCCGCGGAAGUCCCUGAAGCAGCGUCGGCGGAGGAGCAAAAGGAAAUGGAAGAUAAAGUGACUAGUCCAGAGAAAGCUGAAGAAGCAAAAUUAAAAGCAAGGUAUCCACACUUGGGACAAAAGCCUGGCGGUUCCGAUUUUUUAAGGAAACGAUUGCAGAAAGGGCAAAAGUAUUUUGAUUCUGGGGAUUACAACAUGGCAAAAGCAAAGAUGAAGAACAAGCAGCUUCCUGCUGCAGCCCCGGAUAAGACAGAGGUCACUGGUGACCACAUUCCCACUCCACAGGACCUUCCUCAGCGGAAACCAUCCCUGGUUGCUAGCAAGCUGGCUGGCUGAUUAAAAGAGCUGAACUGCAUGGGUCUUCUAAUGUCCUUUAUUUCUCCUUACUGCGUUACUUACCCACUUUCUGUUUCCUUUCACUCACUAUGUCAUUGGAGACUGACAGCUUUGCAGGUAGUGGUAGUGUGUGCUGCUGUUGUAAGGGAGCAUACAUGUGUAGAGGUUUGGGUUAGUUUAACAGUGCACUGAUGCAAAGGACAUGUAACAGCAACUUAAGUAAUUGACGUUACAAUAAUUGUACAUAUUACCUAGCUGGUGUAGGGCUGGCUCCAACAAGUAGCAAGCAAGUUUUACAGCUUUAAUGUUCUGGCUUUCCUUACUUCCUCGUAAUUACAGCUUUGUAUGUUACUCUUAUUUAAUAGAACCUCUGUUGUAUUGAUUUCUUCUGUAUUUUCCUUUUGAGUUUUGUAAGACAGAAGUUUAAGACCACAAGUUGGAAGACAAGUCACAUAAUUCAGACACAAGUAAAUGGGCUGCAAAAGAUUUGAAUAACUGCUUGGACUUGACGGCCUUAAACCUGCUGUUCCAGCUUUAACAAGAGCAUCUUACCUGGGCGAUAUUUGCCCGUUCUGGUGUGACUUGUGUGACUCCAAUGCUUACCAGCUGUCAUUGACGCUCAUGCUCUUCCUCGGGUCUGCAGUGCUGGGACAGCUUUCUUUGUUGAAGACGUGAAUGGGUGUGCAUGUGCACUGACUAUUGCAUUCACUUUUGUGCCAUUUUUGUAAAUACAAUAGUUUUGCACAACCUUUUACAAAUGUCUGUAUUAAUUUCACCAUAUUAGAAAGUAGAUAAUGUGCCAACCAGAAGCACAAGACUUCCUACACAAAUCUGCCCACCAUUACUGCUUUUGUAUAAGAAUAGUUUACAAUCUUGAGCUUAUUAGAAUACCAAACUGAAAUUACUCACCCUGAUACAGAAUUAAGCAUUUUCAUUUGUUAUUAAUAUUCAUGACUUUCAGUGGCCUUGUACAAAUAUGAUAUGUUGCUUAGGCAUAUCUUUUGUUCUAUGCAGAGCAUUUCAUUUUGACUCUUUACAAAAAAAUUACAAUUCAUGUAAUUUAUAUAAACUUCCUUAAUGUAGAAACUUUUUACUUUCACACUCAACUUUGGGGAUACUAAAGUUAAAGGCUUGCAUUCUCUGCCUUCUAUGUUCUUCUCAACCCCCAUCUUCUCUUUACUUUGCUUCUGUGACUCGUGUUGGGCUGUUCCAUUUAUAUGAGAGCAUACAUGUCUAUCUCUACUUUUUAAACUUGCUUAAAUAAAAGGAUUUUUGUGAGG